CAGCCCGGCCAGCGCCGCCAACAUGUCGGAUACCAAGGUAAAAGUUGCUGUCCGGGUCCGGCCCAUGAACCGACGAGAACUGGAACUGAACACCAAGUGCGUGGUGGAGAUGGAAGGGAAUCAGACGGUCCUGCACCCUCCUCCUUCUAACACCAAGCAGGGAGAAAGGAAACCUCCCAAGGUAUUUGCCUUUGAUUAUUGCUUUUGGUCCAUGGAUGAAUCUAACACUACAAAAUAUGCUGGUCAAGAAGUGGUUUUCCAGUGCCUCGGGGAAGGAAUUCUUGAGAAAGCCUUUCAGGGGUACAAUGCUUGCAUUUUUGCCUAUGGACAAACAGGUUCAGGCAAAUCCUUCUCCAUGAUGGGCCAUGCUGAGCAGCUGGGCCUUAUUCCAAGGCUCUGCUGUGCUUUAUUUAAAAGGAUCUCUGUGGAGCAAAAUGAGUCACAGACCUUUAAAGUCGAAGUAUCCUAUAUGGAAAUUUAUAACGAGAAGGUUCGAGAUCUUUUAGAUCCUAAAGGGAGUAGGCAGUCUCUUAAAGUUCGAGAGCAUAAAGUGUUGGGACCUUAUGUAGAUGGCUUAUCUCAACUGGCUGUCACUAGUUUUGAGGAUAUUGAGUCAUUGAUGUCUGAGGGAAACAAGUCUCGAACUGUGGCUGCCACUAACAUGAACGAAGAAAGCAGCCGCUCCCAUGCUGUGUUCAACAUCAUAAUCACCCAGACACUUUAUGACCUGCAAUCUGGGAACUCGGGAGAGAAAGUCAGUAAGGUCAGCCUGGUAGACCUGGCGGGGAGUGAAAGAGUUUCCAAGACAGGAGCUGCGGGGGAGCGACUGAAAGAAGGCAGCAACAUUAACAAGUCCCUUACAACCUUGGGGUUGGUUAUAUCAUCACUGGCCGACCAGGCAGCUGGCAAGGGAAAAAACAAGUUUGUGCCUUAUCGAGAUUCAGUCCUCACUUGGCUUCUUAAGGACAACUUGGGAGGCAACAGCCAGACUUCUAUGAUAGCUACCAUCAGCCCAGCAGCCGACAACUAUGAGGAGACCCUCUCCACACUAAGAUACGCAGACCGAGCCAAAAGGAUUGUGAACCAUGCUGUCGUGAAUGAGGACCCCAAUGCCAAAGUCAUCCGGGAGCUGCGGGAGGAAGUAGAGAAACUCAGAGAGCAGCUCUGCCAGGCUGAGGCCAUGAAGGCCCCAGAACUGAAGGAGAAGCUUGAAGAGUCUGAAAAGCUGAUAAAAGAGCUAACAGUGACAUGGGAAGAGAAGCUCAGGAGAACAGAAGAGAUUGCACAGGAGAGACAACGACAGCUUGAGAGCAUGGGGAUUUCUCUGGAGACCUCUGGAAUCAAAGUGGGGGAUGAUAAGUGCUACUUGGUCAACCUGAAUGCAGACCCUGCUCUCAAUGAACUUUUGGUUUAUUAUUUAAAGGAUCACACCAGAGUGGGUGCAGAUACCUCUCAGGAUAUCCAGCUCUUUGGUAUAGGGAUUCAACCUGAGCACUGUGAGAUUGAUAUUGCUUCUGAUGGAGAUGUCACUCUGACUCCGAAAGAAAAUGCAAGGUCCUGUGUGAAUGGCACCCUUGUGUGCAGUGUAACCCAGCUGUGGCAUGGGGACAGGAUCCUGUGGGGGAAUAAUCACUUUUUUAGAAUUAAUUUACCUAAGAGGAAACGACGAGAUUGGUUGAGAGACUUGGAGAAGGAAACAAGUCCUGCCGAGCAUGACGUGGAUGCGGCCAGUGAGGCUUCCUCAGAACCAGACUAUAACUAUGAAUUUGCCCAGAUGGAAGUUAUCAUGAAGACCCUGAAUAGUAAUGACCCAGUUCAAAAUGUAGUUCAGGUCCUGGAGAAGCAAUACUUAGAAGAGAAGAGAAGUGCCUUGGAGGAGCAGCGGCUCAUGUACGAGCGAGAACUGGAGCAACUCCGCCAGCAGCUCUCCCCUGAGAGGCAGCCACAGAGCAGUGGGCCCGACCGCCUGGCCUACAGUAGCCAGACAGCCCAGCAGAAGGUCACUCAGUGGGCGGAGGAGAGGGAUGAACUGUUCCGGCAAAGCCUGGCCAAACUACGAGAGCAGCUUGUUAAAGCAAAUACCCUAGUGAGGGAAGCAAAUUUCCUGGCUGAAGAAAUGAGCAAGCUUACUGAUUACCAGGUGACUCUUCAGAUUCCUGCUGCGAACCUCAGUGCUAACAGAAAGAGAGGUGCAAUAGUGAGUGAGCCCGCCAUCCAAGUGAGGAGGAAAGGGAAGAGCACCCAAGUCUGGACCAUUGAGAAGCUGGAAAAUAAGUUAAUUGAUAUGAGAGACCUUUACCAAGAAUGGAAGGAAAACGUUCCUGAGGCAAAGAGACUGUAUGGGAAACGAGGCGACCCUUUUUAUGAAGCCCAAGAGAAUCACAACCUGAUAGGUGUGGCAAACGUGUUCUUGGAAUGCCUGUUCUGUGAUGUAAAACUUCAGUAUGCAGUGCCUAUCAUUAGCCAGCAGGGGGAGGUUGCAGGGCGUCUCCACGUGGAAGUGAUGCGUGUCACAGGAGCUGUUCCAGAGCGUGUGGUGGAGGAUGACUCCUCAGAGAACUCCAGUGAAAGUGGGAGCCUGGAGGUAGUAGACAGCAAUGGAGAGAUCAUUCACCGAGUCAAAAAGCUGACAUGCCGGGUAAAAAUUAAAGAAGCAACUGGACUCCCCUUAAGCCUGUCCAAUUUUGUCUUCUGUCAAUAUACGUUCUGGGACCAGUGUGAGUCUACGGUGGCUGCCCCGGUGGUGGACCCAGAGGUGCCAUCACUGCAGUCCAAGGAUGUGCAGUAUGCGGUGACCUUCUCUCACUGUAAGGAUUACGUGGUGAACGUCACGGAAGAAUUCCUGGAGUUUAUUUCGGAGGGAGCACUGGCAAUUGAAGUGUGGGGCCACCGGUGUGCUGGAAAUGGAAGCUCUAUCUGGGAAGUUGACUCUCUCCAUGCAAAGACAAGAACGCUGCAUGACAGGUGGAAUGAAGUCACUCGAAGAAUAGAAAUGUGGAUUUCCAUACUAGAGUUGAAUGAGUUGGGGGAAUACACUGCAGUGGAACUUCAUCAAGCAAAAGAUGUCAACACAGGCGGCAUCUUUCAGCUUAGACAGGGUCACUCACGUCGAGUACAAGUCACAGUACAGCCUGUACAGCAUUCAGGGACAUUGCCACUCAUGGUUGAAGCCAUAUUGUCAGUAUCCAUUGGCUGUGUAACUGCCAGGUCCACCAAACUCCAAAGAGGGCUGGACAGUUACCAGAGAAAUGAUGAGGAUGGUGAUGAUAUGGAUAGUUAUCAGGAAGAAGAUUUAAACUGCGUGAGAGAGAGGUGGUCAGAUGCACUCAUUAAACGGAGAGAAUACUUAGAUGAACAGAUUAAAAAAGUCAACAACAAAAAAGAGAAAACAGAGGAUGAUGUGGAACGGGAAGCUCGGCUUGUGGAGCAGUGGGUGGGACUGACGGAGGAAAGGAAUGCUGUGUUGGUACCAGCCCCAGGCAGUGGGAUCCCUGGGGCUCCUGCUGACUGGAUCCCACCUCCUGGCAUGGAAACUCACAUACCAGUUCUCUUCCUUGAUUUGAAUGCGGAUGACCUCAGUGCCAAUGAACAGCUUGUUGGUCCCCAUGCAUCAGGUGUGAACUCCAUCUUGCCCAAGGAACAUGGCAGCCAGUUUUUCUACCUGCCUAUCAUAAAGCAUAGUGAUGACGAGGUUUCAGCCACAGCCUCCUGGGACUCUUCGGUGCACGACUCUGUUCACUUGAAUAGAGUCACACCCCAGAACGAGAGGAUUUAUCUUAUCGUGAAGACCACAGUCCAACUCAGUCACCCGGCCGCCAUGGAGUUAGUAUUACGAAAGCGGAUUGCAGCCAAUAUUUACAACAAACAGAGUUUUACCCAGAGUUUGAAGAGGAGGAUAUCAUUGAAGAACAUAUUCUAUUCCUGCGGUGUAACUUAUGAAAUAGUUUCCAAUAUACCAAAGGCAACCGAGGAGAUUGAGGACCGGGAAACGCUGGCUCUCCUGGCAGCACGGAGUGAAAACGAGGGCACGUUAGAUGGAGAGACAUACAUUGAGAAAUACACACGGGGCGUGCUGCAUGUGGAGAACAUUCUGAGCCUUGAACGGCUCCGACAGGCUGUCACAGUCAAAGAAGCACUUUCCACCAAGGCUCGGCACAUUCGGAGGAGCCUCAGCACACCAAAUGUUCACAAUGUUUCUUCUAGUCGACCAGACCUUUCUGGCUUUGAAGAAGAUGAUAAGGGUUGGCCAGAGAACCAGUUAGACGUGUCUGACUACAGCUCCAGUUACCAAGAUGUAGCAUGUUAUGGAACUUUACCCAGGGAUUCACCUCGAAGGAGCAAAGAAGGCAAUGGUUGUACAUCGGAGAAUCCUCAUGCCUUAACGGUCAGCCCUUUUAAAGCAUUCUCCCCCCAGCCGCCAAAGUUUUUCAAACCCCUAAUGCCUGUAAAAGAGGAACAUAAGAAAAGGAUAGCUCUUGAAGCAAGACCUCUUCUAAGCCAAGAGAGCAUGUCUCCAUCUCAGGCACAUAACCCUGGCUGCAUUGUACCCUCAGGAAGCAAUGGCAGCAGCAUGCCAGUAGAACACAGUAGCAAACGUGAGAAGAAGAUUGACUCUGAGGAGGAAGAAAAUGAGCUGGAAGCUAUUAACCGGAAGCUGAUAAGUUCCCAGCCUUAUGUACCUGUGGAGUUUGCUGACUUCAGUGUUUACAAUGCCAGCUUGGAGAACAGGGAAUGGUUUUCUUCUAAAGUGGAUCUGACAAACUCACGGGUCUUGGAGAAGGAAGUGUCUCGUAGCCCUACCACCAGCAGUAUUACCAGUGGCUACUUUUCCCAUAGUGCCUCCAAUGCCACUCUGUCUGACAUGGUGGUCCCUUCUAGCGAUAGCUCAGACCAGCUCACCAUUCAGAUGAAGGAGCCCGACUCCAGUGAACACCCUGGGCCUUCCAUUGUGCAUGAUUUCAGACCAUCCUCAAGCAAAGAAUUGAUGGAGGAAGAAAAAGUCUUGGAAAAGGAUAAAAUCAUUGUGGUGCCACUCAAGGAAAACAGUGCCUUAGCCAAAGGGAACACUUCAUCCCAGAGCACCCCUGAGAAAAACUCUAAAGUGAUGUGCAGGAAUGGUUCACAUUCAGAAUUAGAUGCCUGCCCCAGCAAAAAUGGUCAACUGGCCAGAGAUUUCUGCCCCAGGGAGGUGACGGUAGAACAUACCAUGAACAUCCUGGAGGAUCAUUCCUUCACAGAGUUCAUGGGUGUGUCAGAUGGAAAAGAUUUUGAUGGUUUGACAGAUUCUUCUGCUGGACAGCCAUCUGGUAGGAGACACCUACCAAAUAAAGCAGACAGUGAGAGUGUCCCAGGUGGGCCACAGGAUGCUGGACAGACGCAUAACAAGUUAGAGAAUAACCAGGUAAUAACUUCAGAGGCAGCCCACUGGGUUCUGGGUUCUCAGUGAGCAUGUCUAAUUGUACACCUACCCCCAGAGGUCCUUCACCACAGUAAACUUUGUAGGAAACACAGGCCCACUAGGGAGCAAGCUCCCUGUCUGUGCAGAUCAUUCCCUUAUGAAGAGCUGAUCUGCUUUGGGAACCAUGAAAUAUAGGACCAAUAGAUUCUUUGAAAUUGGCAUAUGAAUCGAUGUUGAAUUAAUAUUCAGGUGGCUAAGGAUCAUUUAAUGUCAUGUUAAUUCUCUGGUGGCUUUGGCCUAUCUCCAAAUAAUGAUAGCAUCUACCAUGAGAAUUAAUUUGUGUAUCCUUUGGUUCCUAUAUCUUGUUUUACCUUGUAUCAGUAAGAAAGAAAAACACUGGACUGGGAGAGUGUAGCUUAGUGGUAGAUCAUUAGUCCUGGAUUCCAUUCCCAGCACUAGAAAAGAAAAAUCACAUCAGCAACUGUAAGAAACAACAGUAAUCUGGUGAAAAAGGGUGUUUCAGGAAGGAGUGAGCAGAUUUCCUGAGCAAUUGAAGUUUGGAUUUUGGCUGUUAACCAGAUUGGCUUAUAAUAUUGUUUAAUUUCCAUAUUGGAACAAAAUAGGUUUUUGCCACAGAAAAAAAUGAAUUAUGUAAACAAGAGAUUAUCACCUUCUUCUAAGCAAUCUGUUCUUAAGCACUGCCAUUUCUU